AUGGCUACACAAACUAGUGAUGUCUUCCAUGGUCAAGAUAAUAAGUUUCUGGAAAAUUGUUGCAUGAGGAGAAACAAUGACAGAAAUCCAAAGAAGCAAUUGAACCAGAAGAAUAUCAAUGGACUUGGCCAAAAUCCAGACGAUGGACUACUGGUUACACACGUUAACCAGACACAGGACUUACUGAGGCUGCAGGGGGAUAAGACCCAGCCUUCAGCUUGGGAAGACUCAGAAGAUUGGCUUUCAAUGCACAGUUUAAAGUUUGAGAAACUCACCUUGGCUGACCUGAUCAGCCAGGGCACAGCCGUGCUGGAGGAAGGCAGCAACGUCAUAAGGAAAGUGCACUUCUCCACCCAGAUCAUCCACCAAUUUGAAUCAAAACUUUCUGAAACUGUAGAACUCUAUCAACAGAGAAUUCAGUGGCUCACAGAAGACAGCAAGAAGGCAUUUGGCCUCAUCAAGGGGGCCAGAGUCGGCAUCCUCAUUGAUGUGUCAGCCGUCAGCAGUGGUCCUCAGAAGGAGGAGUUCCAAAAUGACCUCAUGAGCCUUAUCGAUGAGCAGCUGAGUCACAAGGAGAAGCUGUACGUCUUGUCCUUCAGCACCACCUCCAGCGCCCUCUGGCCAGACCCCGUGGAAGUCAACGCCUCCACCCUCCAGGAACUCAAGCUCUGGGUAAAGAAACUGCAGCCUGGUGGAGGCAGCAAUCUGCUACAAGCCCUGAGGAAAAUCUUUGCAGUAAAGGGGCUGAAUUCUCUGGUGAUCAUAAUGGGAAGCUGCCCAGAUCAGCCUUCUGAAAUUCUGUCCUACUACAUCCAACAGUCUGUCGUGGGAAGGGGCCUCAUCACCCACAUCAUCACCUACAAAUGUGACCAUCAGGUGCCCCCUGCUGUCCUGAAGAACCUUGCAGAAGCUCUUGGGGGCUACUACCACUGCUACAGCCCGGAGACGGAGACAACUCUUCAACUGUUUAAAAACACUGCAGGCCAAUACUGUAAAAGUGGAAUAUGAUGUGUUUGUAGGCUCUGUCUGGCACACAGACCUCAGUUUAUAAUGUCUGGUUUAAAGAGUCUGCCAAGUGACUUCUGGAUGGCUGAUUCCCCCCCCCCCCAGAUCUAUACCAGCCAGGACGUGGACCAGCUUCUGGAAGAAAUCCAGAAGGCUCAGAACCUCCUGGGCCAUGUCCAAGCACUGCACCACAGCACACCCUGUGAGGAGCUGACCGGCAUGAUGGAGAUUUCCACAGAGAUUGCAAAAGGGCCACUCACAAGUCUCUUGCCUAAACCUCCAAAGCAUGAGGCUCCCCUCACAAUUGAGUUCCCAAACUUGGACAAGACUUCCGCAGAAUGGCUAAAGGUCAAUGGCCUGAAAGCCAAGAAAUUAAGCCUUUAUCAGGUUCUGGCACCCAAUGCGUUCUCUCCCGUGGAGGAAUUUGUGCCUAUUCUCCAGAAAACAGUCUCAUCAACUGUCCAUGAGAAGGCAAUGAUACAAUUUGAAUGGCAUGACGGGACAGUGAAGAAUAUUCACGUGGACCCGCCCUUCCUCUAUGAGUACCAGAAACAGCUCAGCAGAGCGAUGCGGAUGUAUGAGAGGCGGAUCGAGUGGCUCUCCUUGGCCAGCAGAAGAAUCUGGGGCACCGUCUGUGAAAAAAGGGUGGUUAUACUGCUGGAUAUCUCCGUGACCAAUUCCAUGUACAUUAUUCAUAUCCAGCACUCCCUGCGGCUUCUGCUCGAGGAGCAACUAGCCAACAAGGACUGCUUCAACGUCAUCGCGUUUGGAAGCACAAUUGAAAGCUGGAGGCCCGAGAUGGUUGCUGUGAGCCACGACAACUUGCAAAGCGCAUGGCGGUGGGCCCUGACCCUGCAGUGUCGGGGCAGCAGGAACGUCCUCAGCGCCCUGCGGAAGGCUGUGGAAGUAGACUUCAAGGACAAAGACAAACACCAAUCGCAGGGCAUUUACCUCUUCACGGGGGGCAUCCCCGACCAGGACAUGCCCAUGCUCAGCGCCUACAUGGCCGAGGCCUGCGGAGGCUGCGACCUCCACCUGCACGUGUGUCUCUUCUAUGUGGGUGAGCCACAGAUGGACACCCCGCCCCCUGCCUGCUAUGCCAGCCGCACUGAUACCGCCGCCGCCUACCGGGAGGUCACCCAGGCUGCUGGUGGCCGCUUCCACUCGUUUGGAGACACAGGCAUUUACGAAAGUGAUGACAUCAAUGCCAUCGCAUCUGAGAUGGAAAAGGCUCUCAACUACUCACAAAAGUGUGCCUUACUCGUGUCGUCCCUGAAGAACCAGUCCAGGAAAGAACUGGAAAGUGUAGCCCUCCCGAAAGAAAAGCCAAAGAUGCUCAAGCAAAGAAGUCAGCCCAAGAAACUCGGUCCUUCCAAGCCCACAGCCCCCUCGGUGGGCAGAAUGAGCAUUAAAGGUGACCCUGACAGAGAGAAGAGUCCCCCCUUGAAAGCUCUGAUAUGGCGUCCACUCAGUGGCAAACCAGGCAUCCCACCAGCUGCAGCCCAGCCAGUGAGAGAAGGGACCGCCGAAUGGAGGAGGAAGACCAAAUCGAGGGAGGCAGAGACAUCACUCUCACUGUUUUAUACAGAGACGGGGAAUAACGUGGGCUCAGUGUACAGGAAGUACCCUCAAGGAAGGGGCGUAAGAAGGACUAGCCCUUCUAUUGAGUUGCCCAGGAAGGAUACAAUCUGCUCAAGCCGAGAGUGGGUAGCAAAUUAUGGACUAAAAAAACUGAAGAUGGAGAUCUCCAGAUACAUCGGUCCCAAAUGCACUCAUCAAAAGUCAGCACAGAGGUCGGCAUCAGCCAAGUACUGCAGCGUCUUCCCCAGCACAGAGAUCAACGGGAAAGUGAGACACAUUCAGUGGACACCCAGGGAAAUGGAGGCAUACAUCACGCGCCUGGAGAAGGUGAUGAGGCGCUACGUCCAGAGGCUGCAGUGGCUGCUGUCUGGGAGCCGCCGACUGUUUGGCACCAUUUUGGAAAGCAAAGUGUGCAUCCUGCUGGACACAUCGGGGUCCAUGGGCCCCUAUCUGCAGCAGGUGAAGACAGAGCUGAUUCUGCUGAUCUGGGAGCAGCUAAGGAAGCACUGUGACAGAAUCUUCAGUGUGUACUUCUCAUUCUCAGGUGGUCCACAGCCCUCUCCCAGAGGGGCAAUAGGCUCCCUGUGGAGGUCUUCACCAAAAGGCAUGAACGAUCCUCACAGAGGUUACUUCACCCGAUUUCAAUAUAAACUGGCGCGUUCUAACCAAUCUCUUUCUCCCCCUCUCUGCCCACCUCGUCUCCUCUCCCCUCCCCUCCCCAGUUUUAACCUGCUGAGCUUUGCAGAGGACCUACAGCUGUGGCAGGACACUCUGGUGGAGACCACAGAUGCAGCAUGUCAUGAAGCUAUGCAAUGGGUGACCCACCUGCAUGCUCAGGGGAGCACCUCAGUCUUGCAAGCAUUACUGAAAGCUUUCAGUUUUCCAGAUGUGGAAGGGCUGUACCUCCUGACCGACGGGAAGCCAGACACAAGCUGCAGCCUUAUUCUGAGUGAAGUCCGAAGACUCAAGGAGAACAGAGACGUGAAAGUGCACACCGUUUCCCUGAGCUGCUCAGACAGGGCAGCAGCUAACUUCCUGAGAAGCCUGGCCUCCCUCACCGGGGGGCGCUACCACUGCCCUGCUGGUGAGGACACGCUCUUUAGAAUUCACGGCCUGCUGACCAAGGGCUUCGUGGAUGAGAGGGACCCCACGUUGCCACUAUUUGAAGGAGAUGAUUUAAGGAGAUUGGCCCAGGAGAUCACCAAGGCCAGAAGCUUCCUCCGGCAGGCCCAGUCCUUCAGGUUCCAACUCCAGAAGAAAAACAACACAGAACCAGAAGUCGCUCUUUUUUAGAGAAGUGUUCUCGGGAUUGUCACUCACUGGGGAGUCCUGCACCGAGCCCCCUGCUUGGAACAUCCUUCUUGCCACCCUCUGCCUGGUGACUCCUGCUCGUCCAUCAAGGCACAGCUCAAGUGGCAUCAGCUACACUGUGAAGAUGACCCUGGGACCAUCAGGAGCUAGGAGCCUCCAGCCUUCUUCCCAUAGCGUCCUGACCACACAUCCCCCUUUACAGAGGUGACCCUUAGCACUUAUUAACUUAGCACUCUGCAUCAGCCUUCCUUGCUCCCCUGUCUAACUCUUCUCCUUGACCGUGAGCUCCCUCAGGAUGAGGCUGGUGUCCUGACUGUCUCUGGGUCCCCAGAACAGACACGUGACAGACACGUAGGAAACAGUGAGCAUGCAGCUGAGUUGUGGGAGCCCAGCUCUGGAACCAGCCAGAUGGGGUUGUUUCCGCCCUGGUUCUCUUGCUCUGUGCUUCCCCACCACUGUGGUCCAUGGGAGUGACACAGAUUCACCAUCAGCCCAUCUUGGAGGAAGAAGAAACAAGUGAGCCUCACCCCCCUACCCCCACGCCUGCUCAACCAAACUGAACUUCAGUCUGCUCUGGAGCCCCAUCCAGAGCAAAUACUCUGCUCAAGCAUGUGAAAAUCAGGCUGGAUCUGCUGUGCCAGCCCUGCUGUGUACAUAUGAAAUGAAUGUGUCGUGUAUUAUGUCAUCUGGGGUCAUUUUCCAAGACAGGAAAAAUUGCUUUUAUUUAAUUAAUAUGAUGAAAGUGGCUUUUAAACUGAAGUGAUCAUUGGUUCAUAUGUGUGUGUAAAUUUUU